UAACUCUCACUUUCUAUUCCUUUCAUUUUCGGCUUUGAUUUUUGUUUGCCAAAAUUGCCCCCCAUGUAUUCUUGUUUCGCUUCUGCUCUUUUUCACUGCUCAAACCCUACAAAUCUCCCCUCUACUAUCUCUUCAUCUGUGGUCUCAGAAAAUAUUAUCAUUUGUGGGUUUUGUUCACUGGGUCUUCCUCCACAAGCCCUUCAUUUCUAUUUCUGGUUUUGGAUUUGAUAUCUCUUAUACUAUAUUCUAGGACGUGACGGAGCUAUGGCUGAAGGCACAGAAGUUGAAGAGCGGGUGGAUCUUGAUGAAGACAAUUAUAUGGAAGAGAUGGAUGAUGAUGUUGAAGAACAAAUAGAAGAUGAUGAUGUUGAAGAACAAAUAGACGAUGAUGGAGUAGAUGGAGGUGGGUAUGAAAAUGUUGAAGAGAAUGUUGAAGAAGUACAUGAGGACUCUAUUACUGGGGCUAGUGGGAAAGAUCAAUCGCCAGAAGAGAAUAGAAACCACAUUGCCUCUGAAUCCGUGGAAGAUGAAGAAAAGCCUGCUGCUUCAGUUGAUGAAGAUGAGAAGGAGAAGCAUGCUGAACUUCUUGCCCUUCCUCCCCAUGGGUCUGAAGUCUUCAUUGGUGGACUUCCUCGAGAUACCCUGGAAGAAGAUUUGAGGGAUUUUUGUGAGCCAAUAGGCGAAGUUCUUGAGGUAAGAUUGAUGAAAGAUAAGGACACUGGUGAUGCCAAGGGUUAUGCUUUCAUAGCAUUUAAAACAAAAGAGGUUGCACAGAAGGCCAUUGAAGACUUACAUAACAAAGAAUUCAAGGGUAAAAACUUAAGGUGUUCGCUGUCUGAAACUAAGCACAGAUUAUUCAUUGGUAAUGUUCCAAAGAGCUGGACAGAGGAUGAGUUUAGAAAAGUCAUUGAGGAGGUUGGUCCUGGAGUUGAAAACAUUGAGCUCAUAAAGGAUCCUCAAAAUCCAACCAGAAAUCGUGGUUUUGCUUUUGUUUUGUAUUACAAUAAUGCUUGUGCCGAUUAUUCAAGGCAGAAAAUGGCAAAUGCAAAGUUCAAGUUGGAUGGCAAUACCCCAACUGUCACCUGGGCUGAUCCAAAGAGUGCACCAGAUCAUUCUGCUACUGCUCAGGUUAAGGCUCUUUAUGUCAAAAACAUUCCAGAGAACACUAGUACCGAAAAACUAAAGGAACUGUUUCAGCGCCAUGGGGAAGUGACAAAAGUGGUUAUGCCACCUGGAAAAGCUGGUGGCAAACGAGAUUUCGGGUUCAUCCAUUAUGCUGAAAGGUCAAGUGCAUUGAAGGCUGUUAAAGAUACAGAGAAAUACGAAAUUGAUGGCCAAGUUUUGGAGGUUGUACUUGCUAAGCCACAGGCUGAUAAAAAAUUUGAAGGUUCUUAUCCCGGUAAUGCUGUGCCUCAUCCAAACCAUCUUCCACAUUCUGGGUAUGGUGGUUUUGCUGGUAAUCCAUAUGGCUCUCUAGGGGCUGGAUAUGGUGUUGCUACUGGUUUUCAGCAGCCAGUGAUAUAUGGUAGGGGUCCAAUGCCGGCAGGAAUGCACAUGGUUCCAAUGGUUUUACCGGAUGGCCGAAUUGGCUAUGUUCUUCAGCAGCCAGGUGUACAGAUGCCACCUCAUCAGCCUCGUAGAAUUGAUCGGAGCAAUGCUCCAAGUGGCCCACCAGGUCGAGCAGGAGGUAGCAGUAGUGAUGAAGGCAAUCGUGGCAGGAGGUACCGACCCUAUUAGUGGUAGAGGACAGGCUGCUGUACGAGUCAGAAAUUCUGCAUCCAGAGUUUCAGUGUUGCAGCUUCUGGAGGACCACUAUUACUAAUGUUUUGUGUUUUUAGGUGAAUCAAUUGGUCCAUGGCAUCUCUACCUUAAGAUUUAAGACUGCCUCUUUUUCCAUUGUUUUAGUCUUCUAGGGGUCACUUUAGCUAUGGCAAUAGUUUUGAGGCCACUAGUUAAGAAAACUGAAAUUUGCAAGAUUCUAGCUCUCCAGAUCUCUGCAGACAAAGCAAGAUGGUUGGUAUUUGUUUAAAACUCUGAAAAAGCUCUCCAGUGAGCAGGUAGAUUUUGAUCCUUAAUAGCCAAGGGACAAUUUUUCUUCAGAAAAAAAAAAAGAAAAAAAAAAAAGAUGAUGAUAGAAAGGCUUUUAUUUAAACUGUAAAUGAGUGUUGAACUUUCACAAUAACUUGUUUCCAAAUACAAUCUUGAGCUGGAAGCUUGCCUGCAGGUUCUAAUCUUCAAAGUGAAAAAUUUAGAUUGUAAAUGGGUGUUGAGGUGAAACAAAAACUUGUUGACAAAUAUAAUCUUGUGCAGGAAGCUUGCUGAGGUACUAAUUUUCAAAGGGAAAUGUUGAUCAAAAGUUGGACUUUUUCCCAAUGAUUGUUAUUACAGCAUGUGCACAAUUGUUGGAACA